AAUAAAGCAGAGGUGGGAGACGGAGGAAGAGAGAGGCAACAGGUGUGUGGGGGAGAGGGGAGAGACGGAGAGACGAGGAAAGGCUCAGGAAGGGGUGUGUAUAGGGGGGGUGAGGGAGCCGAGGAAUUGUGACUCCUCCACUCCUCCACGGGGACCCAGUGACCCAGGACGGGUGGGAGAGGGUAGGGCUCUGCGCUCUUCUUCACAAGACUCCACGGGACCCCCAGAGGGACCCCUGUAGGGAGCGGGGGUCGCGGCUCUCAGGUGAAGUUGACGCGGCACGAACGGCGCGGGCGACUUCCCCCAGACCGGAAUAAGGCGAGGGGUCCGCGACGUGGCCGGACGAACUCCCGGGGCUGCCACUUGCGAGACGCCGCCGCGAGUCUCGCCGACGCGGUGACUCCUCCGUGCCGCGCGAGAUCCGGGUCCCCCCGGGCUUCCACGCGCGCCGGCGAUGGCCGGCGCCUUGAUGGAGGAGGCGGAGGAGGAUGAGGGCUGCGUGGACCUGCAUAGGUUCCACGAGGUGCCCACGUGGGCGCGCGUGCUCCUCACGCUGCUCUACUCCACGCUGCUCGUCACGGGCGUGGUGGGCAACGCCGUGACGGUGCUCGUGACCGUGCGGCGUCGGCGGCGCGCGGGGCUGCAGAGCCGCGUGAGCUACCACAUGCUGAGCCUGGCCGUGUCGGACCUCCUCGUGCUCGCGGUGGGGGUGCCCGUGGAGCUCGCCACGGUGGUGUGGCGCCCCGCGGGCGCGGGCGAGGCCGCCUGCAAGCUGCACUUCUUCCUGUGGGACGCCUGCACCUACGCCACGCUGUUCAACAUCGCCGCGUUCAGCGCCGAGCGCUACCUGGCCGUGUGCCACCCGUUCCGCGCGCGCGCCAUGACGCGGUCGCGCACCAAGGCGAUGCUGCUCGCCGUCUGGCUGCUCGCCGUCGUCUCGGCGCUGCCGAUGCUCUUCGCCAUGGGGCUGGAGGACGCCUACGAGGCGCUGCGGGAGACCGCGCGGAGCCGCGCCCGAGCCUCCGACUGCUCCGCCGUCCUGGCGCGGCACAACGGCACGGCGUUAGUGUGCACGAGCUUGCGCGCGCGCGAGACGAUGUUGCGCGCCACCGUGUACACGUGCCUCGCCGCGUUCCUCGUCGUGCUGGCCGCCGUCGCCUACAUGUGCCGCGAGAUGGUCGUGCGCAUCGAGGGGCUCGGCGCCGGGGAGGUGUCGGCCAAGUGGGAGAAGGGGGGCGGUGGGGGCGACAGGAGCAGCAGCAGCAAGAAGGAGGAUGAGCAGCAGCAGCAGCGCCAGCAGCUGGGGCGACAGCAGGAGGAGGAUGAGAAGGAGACUCGGAAGGAGGAGAGAAAGCACCGGAGGGUGAUCACGGGCACCAAGAAGGCGCCGAGGAGCAAGCUGGACGCAGCCAAGCGACAGAGCGUCCUCAUGCUGGAGCUAGUGGUGCUGGCGCUGGCCGUAUGCUGGCUGCCCUUCCAGGCGACGCGCAUCAUGAGCGUGGUGCGCUCGCACGGCGAGUGGACCGUGGCCUACUACCGCGCCUUCCAGAUCACGCACCGCAUCACCGACUGCUUCUUCUUCCUCAGCUCCACCGUCAACCCGGCGCUUUACUGCCUAAGCUCCCCCCAGUUCCGCCACGCGUUCUGGCAGUGCCUAUGCUGCCGCUUCUGCAAAGACGCCGAGGAAAACGUGGCUGGCGGCAGAACGGCGAGGACAGGAGCGGCGGCAGCAGCGGCGACGGGGAGAAGCGAGAGAGGAGACAGCAGCCACGGCAUCACGGACAGCGACUCCUCCACGUACGCCACCGGAGGGGGAGUGUUCGCCCGCGGGCUCAGCAUCUUCACCAAGACGCGCUGGGGCCGCGGGAAGGGGCGGGCGGCGCCUGCCGGGGCCCUCCCCGUGGGGGGCCCCGGCCCACCGGGGGCCGGGCCCGCGGAGCACACGGUGCAGCUUGUGGGGAGCGCCGCCACCGUGGAUGAGAGCUCUGUGUAGCCAAGCUCACCGAGUGGCGACGACGCCCGGAGGAGAGCCGCGCCACCGAGCCGAGCUGAGCGGGCCCCCCGCGGUGAACUGAGGAGAGUUGCUGGGAACUUUGGGCCACCCCAACGGCGUUUGUUCCAUGGGCCACGCUCUGUUGAACAACCACCGUCAGUCUCACGGUGCAUACCUGGCCUAUGUCGGUUUGGCAGACAAUAUUGAUCCAUACCUUCCAAUGUUCUGCUCAUUAAUGUUGUUGGUGUUGUUGUGAAGCUCGUUUACCCAGGAAAUCAUCACUGAAUUUCCAGACUCGUUUUCAGGAGAGUGCUGCAGAGUUGUUGCUGCUGCUUUGAUUCCAAAUGAGUAAUUUGCAGGUCAUUAAUUUUCAGAUUGUGAUGUUUUGGCCAACAUUGGGUGUGUGGGUUUAGCUCUGGGAGGAAACCCAUGCAGAACAGGGGGAGAACAUAUAGACACAUUUCAGACAACACAACAAAACUUUAAAAAAGCACUCAAGCCUUUGUGCAUAAUGCAAAAGCCAUCAGAACUUCCUGAGAAACGGCACUAUGGUGCCCUCUUUAGUCACCAGCAAAAUAUAUUUGAGUAAAUGUGACCACCAACUGACCAGCAGAAGCAGUGAUGAUGUGAUUAACAACUGUGGACCGGUUUUGCCCGCAUUAACACUCAUCAUCAGAGGAGUCACCAAUCUAGAUUUGAAGUUUUCGUGACUGCAAGGAUCCAUACUCUUUGGUUCUUUCGGUAAAGUCACGUAGGUAUAAAAUAAAAUAAAUUAAAUCACGAGGUUUUGAUCGCAACACAAGCAAUCAUCAUCAGGUGGGAAAGCCACAGCAAUAUUUUUUUUGCUGAAGUGGGAGAGAGCUACCGUGGUAAGAGGUAGUAUAGGUAAGAGA